UUGUGGGAGGGUUGCCAAACGAACCGCGGGCGGGGAAAAAAAGCCAAAGCAAAACCAGAGUUUUACUGGGCUAUCCGGUUGCCAAGCCUCAGCCUGCACCGUCUGUGCAAAAAAAAGCCGGCCCGGAGUUGUCGCUGCAACCGGCGGCGCUCUUGCAAGCGAGUGCGCGGCUUGCAGAAGACGCGAGGAGAAGGGAGAAGGGUUGCUCGGUCCCAGCCGCACCAUGCACCCCUCUGCCCGCCCCGUCUACUACGGCGUUGUUUUCGCCUGGUAUGUCUUUUUCUUCUACUCCAUCGCCUUCGUGGGGAACCUGCAGGAGCCCCGCACAGCCGAAAGCAGCAGCAACAAACCGUUUUGGGGCAGCCAGUGGAAAUAUCUGAGCUUUCUCGACGUGGUUUUGCAGCUUCUCUUCUAUGGAAUCGCCUUGCUGACCAGUGCAUUCAUACUAAUGAAGAAACGAAGAAUUGCCACGACCAUGACAUCUAUUAAAGACUUGAUCUUUAGUAGCUUGGUUUUUCCAGUAGCCACAUUUGUGUUUGCUACAUUUUGGAGUAUAUACCUCUAUGAUCGGAACCUUGUUUACCCAAAAUAUCUGGAUUCAAUUGUUCCUGAAUGGGUUAAUCAUGGAAUGCAUACUUUGGUAUUUCUUUUGGUCCUGGUAGAAAUGUUUGUUAUCCCUCAUAAGUAUCCAGCAGUGGGUAAAAGCCUCACUAUCUUAGGAAUGGCUGCACUGGCCUAUCUACUUUGGAUCUUCUACUUUUUUGCUAAAACAGGAAAAUGGCUAUAUCCUAUCUUCAAGUUUUUAAGUCCAGUUGGCAUGAUAGCGUUUGCAGGGAUUGCUGUUGUCACUCUUUUCUUCUACUACAUGUUAGGAAGAUUUCUCAACCGCAUGAUUUGGGGUGACGCAGCGCUUGGUGUUCACAAGAAGAAAUGCAAAUGAAAAGCGGAUGGUGUCAUCCCAAGAGCUAGACAGAUGAUGAAACUAAGAAAAUUGCUAAGGAACCUCUCUGUAUAAAGCCAAAAUAAAAUCUUUAGAAUAAAAAGUUUUGCUUGCACAGAAGAACAAAGA